AAGUACGACGCAACACGUCUAACACUGGGAGGGGCUGGGGUGUGUUUAUUUGGGUAUAUACAAUGAGUCACGGAUUAAAAUUGCUUUUAGCGGAUAGCUACUUAGGUGAUCCACAGCGUUGAUGAACAAGCUGUCGUCAUUUCCCCAUUACCUCAGAAGACCUCCUUAGUUGCUUACUUAUGUUAAUGGUAGAACGCAGUUAGGCAUAGCAGGCUCUACCUCUGGGCUUUCUAUUCUGUUCCAGAGACCCAGUACCAGAAUAUUUAAAUCACCGUGGCGUUAAAUACGUUUUAAUAUCUGAUAGGGCCAGUUUCUGCGCAUUGCACAUUUUUUUUUUUCCCUUUCAGGAACGUGUUCGGGCCCGCGGCAGGGGGCGGGGUCGCGCCUCCGCCGCGGCUCUGGUUCCAGCCGAGCCUCACGGACGCAGAGAUGGAAAUCCCGAAGCUGCUCCCGGCUCGCGGGACCCUGCAGGGCGGCGGCGGUGGCGGUAUCCCCGCGGGCGGCGGCCGGGUCCACCGAGGCCCUGACCCGCUGGCUGGCCAGGUCCCCACGCGCCGCCUCCUGCUGCUCCGGGGCCCCCAAGAUGGCGGGCCCGGGCGGCGGCGCGAGCAGGCCCGCACGGCUUCACGGGGCCCUGGCCCGAGCCUGUUGGCGCCGAGGCCCGAUCAACCUGGCGGCGGCGGCGGCGGCGGCGGCGGCGUCGGCGUCAGCGGCGGCGGCGGCGACGACUUCUUCCUGGUGCUGCUUGACCCGGUGGGUGGCGACGUGGAGACCGCGGGCUCGGGUCAGGCCGCAGGGCCUGUGUUGAGGGAGGAGGCCGAGGCGGGCCCGGGGCUCCAGGGGGGCGAGAGCGGCGCGAACCCCGCGGGCCGCCCUGCGCUGGGCCCUCGCUGCCUGUCCGCGGUUUCCACUCCGGCCCGGAUCUCCGCCCCCGGCCCCGCCGCGGCCUUCGCGGGCACAGUCACUAUCCACAACCAGGACCUGCUGUUGCGCUUUGAGAACGGCGUCCUCACCCUGGCCACGCCCCCACCACACGCUUGGGACCCGGGGGCCGCGCCUGCCCAGCAGCCCGGGUGUCUGAUCGCCCCGCAAGCCGGGCUCCCGCAGGCCGCGCAGUCGGGUGACUGCCCAGAGCUGCCGCCCGACCUCCUGCUAGCCGAGUCGGCCGAACCCGCGCCUGCUCCGGCGCCCGAGGAGGAGGCGGAGGGCCCGGCCGCCGCCCUGGGGCCCCGCGGACCGCUGGGCUCGGCCCCAGGCGUGGUGCUGUACCUGUGCCCUGAGGCGCAGUGCGGGCAAACCUUCGCCAAGAAGCACCAGCUGAAGGUGCACCUGCUGACGCACAGCAGCAGCCAGGGCCAGAGGCCCUUCAAAUGCCCCCUGGGCGGCUGCGGCUGGACCUUCACCACCUCUUACAAGCUCAAGAGGCACCUGCAGUCGCACGACAAACUGCGGCCCUUCGGCUGCCCGGCGGAGGGCUGCGGCAAGAGCUUCACCACCGUGUACAACCUCAAGGCGCACAUGAAGGGCCACGAGCAGGAGAACUCGUUCAAAUGCGAGGUGUGCGACGAGAGUUUCCCCACGCAGGCCAAACUCAGCGCCCACCAGCGCAGCCACUUCGAGCCCGAGAGGCCUUACCAGUGCGCGUUUUCUGGCUGCAAGAAGACGUUUAUCACAGUGAGUGCUCUGUUUUCCCAUAACCGCGCCCAUUUCAGGGAGCAGGAACUCUUCUCCUGCUCUUUUCCUGGCUGCAGCAAACAGUAUGACAAGGCCUGUAGGCUGAAAAUUCACCUGCGGAGUCACACCGGCGAGAGACCUUUCCUUUGUGACUUUGAUGGCUGUGGCUGGAACUUCACCAGCAUGUCCAAACUCUUAAGGCACAAAAGGAAGCACGACGAUGACCGGAGGUUCACCUGCCCCGUGGAAGGCUGUGGGAAGUCUUUCACGAGGGCCGAACAUCUGAAAGGCCACAGCAUAACCCACCUGGGCACGAAGCCUUUCGUGUGCCCUGUGGAAGGCUGCUGUGCCAGGUUCUCCGCUCGCAGUAGCCUCUACAUUCACUCCAAGAAACACCUGCAGGAUGUGGACACUUGGAAAAGUCGUUGCCCGAUCUCCACUUGUAAUAAACUCUUCACAUCCAAGCACAGCAUGAAGACGCACAUGGCCAAAAGGCACAAGGUUGGCCAGGAUCUCUUAGCUCAGCUAGAAGCAGCAAAUUCUCUUACACCCAGCAGUGAACUUACCAGCCAGGGACAGAAUGAUCUCAGCGAUGCAGAGAUAGUGUCUCUCUUCUCUGAUGUACCUGACGGUACUUCUGCUGCAGUGCUGGACACGGCGUUGGUGAACUCGGGAAUCUUGACUAUUGACGUGGCUUCCGUGAGCUCGACUCUGGCAGGGAACCUCCCUGCUAAUAAUAAUAAUAAUUCCGUAGGGCAGGCUGUGGACCCUGCGGCCUUGAUGGCCACCAGCGACCCUCCUCAAAGUCUGGAUACCUCUCUCUUUUUUGGAACGGCCGCCACUGGUUUUCAGCAGAGCCCCUUAGAUAUGGAUGAGGUCUCAAGUGUAACUGUGGGGCCAUUGGGAUCUCUGGGCUCUUUGGCCAUGAAAAACUCCAGUCCAGAGCCCCAGGCUUUGACGCCCAGCAGUAAGCUAACAGUGGACACAGAUGCUCUGACUCCUUCGAGCACCCUUUGUGAAAACAGUGUCUCAGAACUACUGACACCAACCAAAGCGGAGUGGAACGUACAUCCUGACUCUGACUUCUUUGGACGGGAGGGAGAGACCCACUUCGGAUUCCCCAAUGCAGCAGGAAACCAUGGUUCUCAGAAAGAAACAGAUCUUAUCACUGUGACUGGCAGCUGCUCAUUUUUGGUAUGAACCGACUCUAUUCAUUCCUCGCCAUGUGGCUUACUUUUAUUACGGUCCAUUUUGAGGAUAUUCUGGACUAAAUGUUUAAUUAAGUGCAGUCAUUUAUUUGUGGCUUGCAAAAAGAGCACAGCCCUGGACUACAAGUUUGGAGAUCUAAAUUCUGACCUUGAGUCUGGAACUGACAAGUUGUGUGACCCUGAGCAAGUCACUUAACCUAUCUGAGCCUUAAUUUCCUUAUUUAUAAAUUGAGGUGGUUUGAACACAUUGCUCUUAAGAUCUUUUCAGUUUUGUUUUUUUUUUGUGAUUUUGUGCUUUUUCUUGAAAAAUUUCGGGCAUUUUGCAAUUAUUAGUUAUUGUUUGUACUUGUAAGGAAAAGCGGUUUGAGCCCUCUAGCAUUAAAUAAUGAGAGAUUGAGGAAUUGGUGUUUUACAUUAAAAAUUUAAUGGAAAUUUUACACAGUACAAAAAUAUUGAAAGUCGAAUGUUAGAACUCAAAAAAAAAAAAAAAAGAGCUAAAAGUAGGUUUUGGUUCUUCUUAGCUGUUUAUCAUUCUAACUUUUUUUUUUUUUUUAAUGAUGAGAGGGUGUGUUUUUGUUGUGGAAAAUACAAGGGCUUUUGUUACCACUCAGACCCAGAGUGAAAUGUUUGCUUUGUGGUUUUGAAUAAGUUGGCCUUAAAUAAGUUAUUAGUCUCACUAAGCCUCAGUUUGCUAGUUGUAAUGUAAAAUGGUCAUAGCAGUGUGAAUAUAUGUGUUAAAUCCUAGACUUAUUUUUCUACCCCAGUAGGUUGUACUGAAAGGAUAAUGUUAUAUAUGUUUCAGCAUGUUUUGGUGAAUCUUCAUUUCCUUUCCUACCCCUUGUUUUCCCUCCUCAAAGUGGAGAAAUUAGCACAAAUUAAUAUCAGGGUUGUGUAGGCAAUAAACAUUUGCAAAGGUUAAGAAAGAGGAAAAGGAAUUUAUUUCUUCCUAGAUUAGGAAGGAUUUUUCUCCGCACAGUUCUUUUGUGUCAUUGACAACAGGUCCAUUAGACCAGUUUGCUAACGUAUUUGCUCUGCAUUCAACGCAAGCUCAUGCAAUGAGUAUACAGCCCAUUCUUCCAAGACAAUCUGGACAUAGAUCAGAGGGAUAUUUUUCUCCCUUCUGUGCCCUAGAGAGCUCAUUGCUGGCUCACUCUUAGAGCCAAAGUGAGAUAAUUUUGUCUGUAUUUUGAGUGGAUACCAUCUAUCUUAAAUGAGUAUAGCCUUUUACAGUUUAUGUGGCACUUUCACAACUAUUAUAUUUGAUCCUCACAAUCCUCUGAGGUAAUUGUGGCAAAGUCAGAACUACAAUUCACAUCAAAAUUUACCGAGCUCAGAUUACAAAUGUAUUUCACUUAGUAACAAGUGUGUGUGUGUGUGUGUGUGUGUGUGUAGCUCAAAACAAAGAGGAAAUAUUUCCAAAUCUCCCAUUCGACUCUUGAGUUUCAUGACUAUUUUGUUUAUAACCAUUUGCUCUCUUCCACGUUUAUUGAUUUCCCUUACAUCCCUUAUACUCCACCCUAUUUCCUUGCAGGUAUACACCAGUUCUUGCCAUACACCUCUUUUAUUUACAUUUAAAUUAGACAGAUCUCUUACAUGGUCACCAUCUCUCUCUCAGCCAUUCUUCUUUUGGCCCAUUUUUCAGUCACAGUAUUACUGCAAGUUUGUCUGUACACUCAGAAGUUAUUUUCUGGAUUUAGAUGGCAAUGUGUUUAUACAUGAAUCAGAUAAUAAUGGAGAUAUUUUAUAUAAGGCAUUAAUGAGAAGUACUUGACUUUUUCUUUUUUACAAUGUUGUCCUGGUAGCAAACACUAUUAGUUGCUUUCAAUACUGUUUACAUGUGGAUACUUGGGGAUAACAAUUAUUAUGGCACUUUCACAGUGCACUUUAAUAUUUGCCACCUUGAUAUGCAUCUUUGCUGUCUUUAUAAUUUUUAAGUUGGUUGUUCUUACUAAAUGAAAAAGCAAAAGAUAUACAUAAAUUUGUAAUUCAAAGAAAUAGAAUUUUGUGUUUAACUGUUUUCCCUUAGUAUUUUAAAAAGAUUUUAAGCCCAUUUUAGAAAUGUGUUAUCACUAGCUCAGUCCUCCUGAGUAGAUUAUUCUUAUUUUCCUAUAGAAAAUGCAGAGACCUGAGGUGAAUACAAGGUUCAUAGGCAUCCAUUAAGAUAUAUAACCAUAUAGAUAUUUUAAAACUCUGUCACGUUUCCUUAAUCCCUCAGAUCUAUUUCUUCCCAUUAAAACUAUAAUAAGCUAUGCUUUUGUUAUUGUCUAUAGAAUUUUCAAAGGAUAUUUUUUUUUCUGAAGAUAAAAAUCUUGUGAUUGUCCAUGGGCUCACAGUUUUUCCAAAAGAUUUCUCUUUCAAUAUUGUUGUUCCAGCAUGAUGGUUGACAUGGCAUGUAAUUACAGACAGAAGUUUGACUACAAAAACAUAUUAGUGUUUCUGUUAGUGUUGGCAUAAGCUUGCCUUUUUGUUUAAACAAUGGGACAUGAUUUAAUUUUAUCUCAUUUGCCUUUUGUUCAUCUUCAGUCCUUGAUUUAUUAACAUUUUGCCAAUUGAAAACACAAUAAACAAUGCCUUGCAGGAAGGUUUGAUUCUGGGGGAUCCUGUUGAGCAUAUUUAUCAUGAGUUUAAACAUGUUAAUCUUGACAUUUUUACCAGUUAUCUCAUUAUAGUGUUACAUAAUUGAAAGCCUUGAAUAGUAAAAGUGAAACUUCUUGGAAUAUGAUGAUCCUCUUUCUAUGUGGAUUAAAUGUUUCAUAUUCUCAUCCAGGAAAAUAGAGAAGGCAUUAGUAUAACAGGUUAUUUAUGACUGUUCCUUCAUUCCACAUAAAGCAAUGAUUAACUCCCUAAUGGGAAUAUUCAUAAUCCCUUGGUAAUUAUUGGUAUCAAACAGAUCCACUUGAUAACUUCAUGAUGAUAAAACUCAAAUUAAAUGCAACUCACUCAUAAUAUGUAAUAAUUGAAAUGUAAGGCUGAGCUGAAAUAUAUAUAUAUAUAUAUAUAUAUAUAUAUAUAUAUAUAUAUAUAAUAGAUUUGCUUAGCAAUUUUUUAAAAAGCAAAUUGUGUGCCGUGGUUUAAAGCAGGGGUCCCCAACUCCAGGCCACAGACAGGUACUAGUCCAUGGCCUGCUAGAAACUGGUCCGCACAGCAUUUGGUGAGUGGCAGGCAAGGGAGCAAAACUCAGUUCCAACUCAGAUCAGCAGUUGCAUUAGAUUCUCAUAGGAGCACAAACCCUAUUGUGAACUGCACAUGGGAGGGAGCCAGGUUGCACACUCCUUAUGAGAAUCCAAUAUCUGAUGAUCUGUCACUGUAUCCCAUCACCCCAAAGUGAAACCAUCUAGUUGCAGGAAAAUAAGCUAAGGGAUCCCACUGUUUCUACAUUAUGGUGAAUAUGUGAUAAUAAUAUAAAGUGCACAAUAAAUGUAAUGUGCUUGAAUCAUUCCAAAACCAUCCCCCUGUCCGUGGAAAAAUUUUCUUCCACUAAACUGGUACCUGGUGCCAAAAUGGCUAGGGACCAAGGGUUUAGGAAACAGAUUGUCUAAGCACAAAACAACCCAUAAAAAGCAAAACAGUUGUUAAAAAAGAAUUUUAUGUGUUUAUCAAAUCUAAAUAGACCGGGCCUUUGGUAACGAUUUUUUAACUAUGGUCCUCUUUGUAUAUUUCAAGUUAAUUUACUGACUACUUGCAGAAUGCAAGGUGGAAUACUAGAGAUACAGAUAAGAAGAGUAAAAUAAGAGCCAUAUCUUAAUUUUGGAGAGGACAUAGAAAUUCACAUAUUAACUAUUUUACAACUAAACAAAAUCGACAAACAUGUUUUCAGAUACCAAAUGAAUGACUUGGAGAAAAAGGAGGGGCAGGAGCUGGAGUGUAAUGGGUGGUUACAUUUAGUUAUAUAAAGAAGAGAGUUGGUGAAUUCCAGCACAAGGAAAUAACUCAAAAUGGAAUUGGCCACACAACACUGUCAAAAACAGCUUAACCCAAAUUCAGGGCUUAUAUUUGACAAGUGCUGGAUGUUAUGGUUAGACUGCCAGUAUGGAGCCAAAUUCUGGAGGGCGAUGCAAACCAAUAAAGAUAGGACUUUAUUCUGGAUAUGACUGAAAGCCAGUGAAGGUACUUGAGAAGGGAAGUCAAAUGUGAUUAUAUAAAAAUAUUAAUAUAGUGGACAUGUAUAAUGUGGAUUAGAUGGGGGAAAUAGUGCAGUCACUUAGGAGUCUAUUGUAAUAAUUCUGGUUGGUUGUGAUGAAGGCUUGGACUGGAGUGGUGACGAGAAGAGAGACAUAUAGGAGCUGUGUCUGAAUUGAGGAAAUGAAUAUAAUUUGGUGACUUACUGAAUAUAUAGGCACCUAUCAGAAAGAGAAAGGAAGAUUAAAAAUGUCCCUAAGGAUUUCUUGGAUACUAUAAAAAUUACAUUUGAUUAAUAUUAACAAAGUUAUGUAAUGAAAUAUUUGCAGGAAUAUUUAUGGAAAGAUGAUUAGGACAUGUUUAAUUCAUCAGGAAGUGAUAAACUAUGGUUAUCUCUGAAUAAACUGUGCAUAUUCUAGAUUUUCCACACUAUUAGACACUGAGAUCAAUUUAUCUUGUUUGUCUCCAUCAUGUGUUCUUAGACUAACAUUUGAUGUUUAUAAUGUUAUUUCCCUUCGAGAAUUUGCAGGACUCUUCAACCCUUUACAAUACAAGCCGAGACCACUCUGCAUCAAAAUGAGCUAUGUCAUCUCCGGCUUCCAUUUAUUUCUUACUACUACUCUAUUCUACUACAGAUAUUCAACAGGUAUUUUUAUUUGGUGCUUAUUAAUAUAACAAACCAGAUUUCUUUAAUUUGGAAGAUGUUGCUUAGUCAUUAAUUUCAGUAGUUUCUGAUGAUAAACUUUAUUAGAUUCAGUUUUAAUUGUAUUUCUCCCAAACUGGAAGAAACAGGACUAGGACUGCCCAAAAGCCAACUUUGAUGCGAUCCUUGGGGCUCCUUAUUCAUAAUCCUCUCUUUCGUUAGCUAACAUGGUAUGGCAAUUGAUGGUGUGUGGGAACUCAGUCACAGAAAUCACAUCCUCUUUUCUCUUUUCACCCUAAUGUAACACAUUUUAUUGUUAACCUGACUACCAGUGGUGAUAACUCAAUGAGCAUGGAGUACAAAAAAAAAAGAGAGAAUAAAUAAUAGUAUAAUUAAUUACCUAGCAAUUACAUUUUGUUCGAUGGUGACUUUGCCGUCCUGCAUUGUCAAAAGAACAAUACAUCUCAUUCUAGUUUUCUGCUGACAUUUAUGCACAUGCAAAACACAUUAACCAUCAUUCUGCCUAUGGAAAAUAUCUUAAUUCAGUAUUUUAAACAAUGAAAAUUAUUAUUAUUAUGAGCACUAACUAAAUCCUUAGGCUACUUCUUAUCAUUACCAGCUUAUUAAGCAGCUGGUGGUUAUUGAGUGCCUACUUUGUGUGAGGGACAGUAUAACACAAAAGUAUGUUACAUUACUUUAUUCAAACAAACAUUUUUAGCACAUAUUUGACAAAUUCUGCCCUUUACCUACACACAUUACAAGCUAGACAGAAACAAAAAAUCGGCAUAAUAUAUAAUCAAGUUCUAGAUGGUUAUAUAUUAGAAUUAAACAGAUUUAAAUAGAAUGGCAGUGGUUAUUCUCACUAUAACCAGAGAGUUAUGAUGAGGAAUAUUUCAAUGUGCAGAUUAUCAAAAUCUAUUUCAAAAGUUCUAAGAAUCUAAAAUUUAAGAAGCAAUUAGGCUAAACUGUUCUAAAUUAAAAUUUAAACAGAAUUGUGACUUGCAGCUUUAAUUAUAGCAAAAUACUAUGGGAAAUAAUUUAUAAAUUAUUGCUAUAUUUUGAUUUUUCUAGAUUGGAAUCCCAGAUAUAUUAAGUGUAAAACCUGAGAGUGAUUUUUUGGAAAUUAUAGAAAACAAACAUUUUGUUCCCAAAUGAGAAAGCCAUAGCACAUAAAUAAAUGAUUUUACACCUGUAAUUUUUGAAAUAAUUUUUCCUUUUCUUAUAUUGGAUACACAAGCAUAUUUUAAUUUUCUGAAACAAAAAAUAACAAGGCCUUUAAUUAGAAAGUAAUUAUUUUAUAUAGGUACACUAGCUGAAAAUAAGGAUAUAAAGACUUUAUUUAUUACUUGGGAAUAGCAACUACUGAAGUUUAGCAUGUAGAAUCCUGAAACUUCACCAAUCAUGUGGUAAGGGAUAGGGCAAUUAUCAAGCAAGUAUCUUACAUUCUGAAUAAAAUAUAGCUAAGUGAAUACAUUUGGAAAAGAGAACAAAGCCCAUUAUAAAAAAAAAUAAAAACUCACUAUAGUGAUAAAUAAUACUAGGUUAU